CUAAAACCAGUUUGAUCUCCAUAAUAAGCCUCUGUGGACUCUACUGGACUUCUCUGGGCUGCAGCAGGACUCCUCUCUAUUCUCUCUGGCUCUGGUGUUUUCCUGGUGAUGACCUCGCUGCUGUUUCCUGGCAACGCCCACGCUGCGAUGAAGGACCUCUCCUCCUCCUCCUCCUCUCCUCUCAGCACCCUGCUCCACUACCCGUCCUCCAAGACCUCCGUCGCUCCGUUCUCCCCGUCCACCGUCGCCACCGCCUCCGCUCCCGGGUCGUCGCUGUCGUCGGCGCCGCUCUCCAAACCCCAGCCCUUCUGCCUCCAGACGGGGCCGCACCUCAUCGCCAGCAUGCAGCUCCAGAAGCUCAACUCGCACUACCAGAACCUCGCCGGCGCUUCUGCGGCGCCCGGCGGUGCUCAGCGGGGCUUCGGCGCCUCGCCUCUUGGUGCAGGAAACCAGCUCAUCGGGGCGUCCGGAGGGCUCGGUGGAGGCGGGAUCGGCAUCAACAUGGGCAACCAAAGCUCCGGCGCCGGUGGGAUUAUCGACUUUGACCCCGUGGACGAGGAGGUCCUCAUGUCGCUGGUGGUGGAGCUCGGUUUGGACCGAGCCAACGAGCUGCCCGAGCUCUGGUUGGGUCAGAACGAGUUCGAUUUCAUGACGGAUGUGCCGGCCGGUUGCUGAGAUAUGCAGAUGGAUUGUUUGACUAAAGAGAGAGAAGAUUGUCUCUCCUCUGUUUUGUUGUUUUCCUCCUUUUUGUUGGUUGAUAAAAUGAGGAAACUGAAGAGACGCUGAGCGAUGAAGAGAAAGAGAUUAGAGGCAAACCUUCGUGCUCUCUAUGUGCAGACCGACGGAUAAAAGACGGCUUCAUUUUGAUUUAGUUGCCUUUUUAUUAGUGCAGAAAGAAAGCAAAUUGGGGGUUUUUUUUCUGUCUUUUCCAGGAUGAACUUGUGGUUGAAACCAACCUGGAUUGGAUUAAAAACUCUCAUUGCACACAUUAUUUUUUUUCCUUUCAUUUAAAGAAAAAAAACGAAGCAUGAGAAGAGAAACAAGAACUCUUUCGUUGGCGUUGGAGACGUUUCUAACCUUUUGGAAACACCUGCUAGACUUUCUUAGCGCUGUUCUCUUCAUCAACUCCAAGGAAAAUAACAAUUGGGAAGCACAACUUUAUGGGAGAUUUGCGAAGGAUGACAAACACCACGUUUCCUGUUUUCUUAACGGACAAUACGAGACUCUGGUCUCACGGGAAAAGAGUCUCCCGUCUAUCUCGCCUUCACAAAGAAACCGAUUGUCUGGUUAUCUCAAUGUACUUUUUCUUUCCCUUUUUUUGUUGUUGUUUGAAUUAAGUUCAACCAGUCGUAUUCACAGAACAUGUUAUUUAAGACAGUGGCUGAUAUGCAUCUGGACUUCUGGACAAGGAGAGCUUCUGUAGCGCGUCUAUAUAAUCGGUUCCACUACUCUGAACUUAAUGAAUUAGAUCAAGGGAUGGGGAAUCUUUCGGAGGAAGGAUGAAUGGAGGAAAUUGUUUCUUUGCUCCGGAGCACAGCCUCAUUAAAACAAUCCAGGCUCUUUUUUUGGGGUCAUGUGAGUCGCCGAUACAUGUUUAGUUUUCUGGCCCGCGGUAUAAAGAAACACAAACGAUGAUGUCAGUGAUCCUUGAUAGCACUUCUUCCUACACGGAGGAUACAAGGUCGAAAGAAAAGAUAAAUUCACGUGCCUUGAGCUUUUUUGUUUUUCACCACUUAGAUGUUUGAGUCAAUACAAGUUUGUUCCGCCCCAAAAGAUUUAAUAUCCAACAAACGUCCAUUAUAAGGAAGCAUUGUCUUGUUUUUUGUCAUCAUUAGACCUGGAGGGCAGGGCAGCAUUUGACCUGAAUAAACACUGUGGUUUUGGUUUCAACAGAGCUUUAUGGGUUGGAGUUAAACCAAAGUAGACCUUUCAUCCGCUGUUAGUGCUCGCGGCUAACAUGUUAGCAUUGUCACCUACUAGCUUUUGUUCAUUCUUACUGCUUUACUGUGUCUUGAAGGCGAAGAGAACGCGGAAAACAUCUGACAAGCUGGUUUUCUGCACCAUCUGGCGGCCAUAUUGAAACCGUUACGAUUGUGUGUAGAUGGUAAGAUUGUUGAGAUUACGCAAUUUGCAAGUUAUGAUAAUUUCAUCAACAAACAACUGUUAUUCGUUCAACAUGUCCAACGAAGCACAAUUAAGAAAAACAUUGUUUUGGUUUAGACACUUGCUAGCUAGCUAACAGUCGCUAUCUGCUAAACGUUUGGCUGCUUGUAGUGACAAUCGUUAGCAUUAGCUGUAUGGUUAGCAUGCUUGCAAAACCACUUUCACUUCCACUUUUUGAAUGCUUUUAAGACACAGCAAAUAUCUAAACCUUCUCUUUGUUGCCUGGCUGUUGCAAGCCAAUCUUUUAUUUGCACAUCCUCUAUUUGACAACCAUGAUGCUCUUUUUGUCUAUAAAGUCAACUCUCCAUCUACCAGGUGUUGUGUCUUGCCGCUGCAGACUUUAGUGGUCGGAAAUAACUCCCCAGGGACUAAAUUGACACCCUUUUUCCACCUAUAGGAGCUGCACUGUGCUAGUUGUAGAUGGUUGCAUGUCAGCAUGGGAGCUCUGACCCUAUAUACCUGUUGUGGUAAGAAUAGACGGGGGUUUGAACAUGUGGCAACAAAGGCCUUUCACCUCAACCUGACGUGUCUGUCAUCCUGUGCAUUGUGGGUCUCCUCUUGGACCACGCACACAUGAAAUAACACACCUGUACAUAUGCACACACACACACACACACACUCACAUAGCAGCGUUGGAGAUGGUGUUACAGCAUGGAAACGGGAGUAGCGGCCAAGAAACAGGCACUUGUUCAGUUACACACCGACUUCACGGGGCAUUGGGGUUGUUUGGAAAGAGAUAAGAGUGCGUGCACGUCUGGAAAUGCAAGAGUGUGUGUGAGGGGAAACUAUGAGCAGCAGGAAAGACCACAUGGUUGAGGAGGGGAAAAGAAAACGCUGUGCCUUGUUAAUUUAUUUAGAUACAGACGGGUCAGCUUACACACAGCCGGUUCCUUCAACAAGCUAUUUUCUCUGCACACAUGCUGCAUAAUAACAGUUUUUGAUGUCGAUUAGGGUCUCGGUUACAGUAAUUCAACUUCCUUUUUUCUUUCCUAAAUGUAACGCGAGAAGCAGUGAUUAAUGAAAACCCGCUGAAGGAGUAAUUUGACAGAAUUCUUUCUUUAAAAAAAAAGGGAUUUAGCAGGAAAUUUACCACUUUGCUGAAGAGAGAGAGAGAGAGAGAGAGAGAGAGUCACUUCUCAUCACCUCCAAAUCCAAAAGACAGACAGCGCUGAUUCUUGUUUUCCAUCCCGUCUCGUCGACCUAAGUGGGUCAAAAUAACAUUCUUCAAAUUGAAGACAGUCUCGUGUUUGUUUCCAUCUGCUCAACAGUGUUCAAGUUUCCUUGUGUGUGUGUGUGUGUGUGUGUGUGUGUGUGUGUGUGUGUGUGUGUGUGUGUGUGUGUGUGUGUGUGUGUGUGUGUGUGUGUGUGUGUGUGUGUGUUGUUUCGUGGUCCGGCCUUGAUCCCAGCUGAGUGAAUGUUAUUUUUGCUGUGUGCAGCAGAGGGACAUCCUCCACCCCCCCGCUGCUACGCCUCCUCUGAGAAGUUUCCUUGUCGAGAUGUUAGAAUCGUCUGAAGGGUUUUCAUUUCCUUUUCUCCUCGACGCCCGAUAUUGCAGAUUAACCCCGGCAGUGACCUUUUGAACCAAAAUAUACCUCACAGCUAUCUGGUGUCUGAUGACGAAAACUUAACUCCAUGCAAGAAUAUUCCUCUUUUUGCUUUCAAUUUAGCUUCAAUUACGACAUGGCAUCUACAAACUGUCACUCAAAAAAGACAUGUACCAACCAGGAAGAGACUCAACAUGAUUGGAAAGAAUCAUGAAAAAACUAAGAGACACAAAAAGACUACAAAGAGACCAAAACAACCACAAGCUAAGAAGAGACACAAAGCAGCUCAUCACUAUGGAAACUGGUAAAACAAUCUCUCAGAGACACACAGCACACAAAAUGACCAUAAAGACACACAAAACAACUGAAAAGACACGCACAACAACUACACAUUGACCAAAACAAUUACAAAGUGACAAAAAACAACUACAGAGACACAAAAUGUACACAAAGUGUCAUAAAUUAACUAGAAAUAGACACAAAAUGACCACAAAGAGACAGAAAUCAUUAACAAAGACACUCAAAAUGACCACAAAGUGACAAAAAACAACUCCAAAGAGACACAAAAUCUCCAAAAAGAGAAAAAAAUAACUAUAAAGAGACACAAAAUGCCCACAGAGACGCAAAACAGCUACAAAAUAGACUCAAUAUGACCACAAAGUGACAAAAAAAACACUAAAAGGACACUAAAAGGACAAAAAAUCACCACAAAAUGUCAAUAAAAAUACACAAAAUAACUACAAAGAGACAAUAAAUGACCACAAAGUGAUAAAAACAACUACAAAGACACACAAAAUCACCAAAAAGAGACAAAAAUGACCACAAAAAGACACAAUA